AUCUUCGCUGCCAUUGUCUUUCCCGCCUUUUCAUCAUCCCUCGAGAGGCCCCGGUGGAGAUGGAGAUCGAUUUCCCCCCUUCCGACGAGCUCGAAUGGCUCGAGAAUUCUAUCCUCGACGAAGCAAUGGCGGCAGAAGAGGAGCCCGCAGACAACGAUCUCGAUGAUUUUGAGCCGCCACUACCGGCCGCUGCAACACCCAUAUUUCAGGCACAUAAGAAACGGCCGCAAUCGGAUCCCAACAAUUUUAAUGACGGAUUCGUAUCUGAAAAGCGGAUCAGAUCGCCAAUUCCUGCCGAGGAUCAGCCGGAGGAUGAAGAUUGGCUUCGUUAUUCGCCCAGGGAGGUGUCCCGUGGUGGCGAUCGGUUGGCCAAAGAUAUUGCAGUUCAUGAUGCUAUGGAGAUGGAUUCUGGUACCGGUGUCUCCGGUCGGAGCUCUCUAGAAGACGAGGAAAAUAUGCCUUGCCGAUUUGCUUCGGACAUUGAAGGGGGUUUUAUGCCGGUGACGGGGCCCGAUGGGACUAGGGUUUAUGCGCGGCUGUGCGCGAGCGAGAAGAACGAUUGCUUCUCAUUGCGAUCCGGCGGGAGACCAGAGAAAUGUCUGCUCUUGGAACCUGUAAGGAUUCUUUUGGAAAGAGUUGAACAAGAGGCUUUUCUUAAGGUUUGCGAUGCUAGUGCUGGAUCAAUAGAUGCCACAGCCAAUCUUUCAGAAGUAACAAACAAUGAACAACUUUGGGUGGACAAAUAUGCUCCCAGAUCCUUCACCGAACUUCUAAGUGAUGAAAAGACAAAUCGAGAGGUGCUUUGUUGGUUGAAGGAAUGGGACUCUUGUGUAUUUGGAUCAAAAAUUAGGGCUACAGAAGACGAUGUUUUGACUAAUUUAAGGCGCCAUUCUUCAGCCUCUAUCUCUCACAGGUUUUUCCAUAACAGGAGCUCUUUCUAUGGUAGGAAAGGAGCUCCUUUUAGUACAGCUGAAGGCUUCAAUGAAUCAAAUGGUACAGACAGGCAGAAAUGGAACCAGAGGGAGAAAAAAGAUGGUAAUGAUGGCCCACCACAAGCAAAGGUUCUUUUACUUUGUGGUGCUCCAGGUCUUGGCAAAACUACUCUUGCACAUGUGGCUGCUAAACAUUGUGGUUAUCGUGUUGUAGAGAUAAAUGCGAGUGAUGAUAGAUCGGCAUCAACUAUUGAAGGGAAGAUUCUUGAUGUGGUGCAGAUGAAUUCUGUUACGGGUGAUGCUAAGCCAAAAUGUUUGGUCAUUGAUGAAAUUGAUGGAGCACUUGGAGAGGGAAAGGGUGCUGUUGACGUGAUCCUGAAGUUGUUGGCUGCCGAAAAAAAGGCUAUUGCUGGAAGUGGAAAGGUUACUCGAGAACCAAAUGCUGAAAAGGUUUCUGCAAAAAAAGAAACUAAAUCUACAAGACUUUUAAGACCUGUGAUUUGCAUCUGCAAUGAUCUUUAUGCCCCUGCUUUGAGGCCGCUGAGGCAAGUGGCUAAGGUUCAUACGUUUGUGCAACCGACUAUCGUUCGGGUGGUGAACAGGCUCAAGUAUAUUUGCAACAAUGAAGGAUUUAGAACAAACAGCUUAGCUCUCACUGUUCUUGCUGAAUAUACUGAAUGUGACAUUCGGUCGUGUUUGAACACCCUUCAGUUUCUCUGCAAGAAGAAGGAAACACUUAAUAUAUUGGAUGUUGGUUCUCAAGUUAUUGGUCGAAAGGACAUAUCAAAGGGCAUAUUUGAAACAUGGAAGGAGAUUUUCCAAAGGCGAAAAAGUAAAGGGAAAAGAGUGGCCUUGAAUAAUUGCAACCCAGAACCUGCUGAUUUUGACCGAUUGCAUAAUCUUAUAUCGAAUGGCGGUGAUUAUGACGUGACUGUGGAUGGUAUUCAUGAAAAUUUCCUACAGCUCCGUUAUCAUGAUCCAGCUUUGGAAAAGACUGUCAAAUGCUUCGAUGUUCUUGGAUCCUCUGAUCUAAUAUUUCGGCGUAUCAUGCAAACACAACAGAUGUCACUAUAUGCAUAUCAGCCUUCAGUUAUAAUUGCUAUUCGAAGCCUUGUUUCGCAGCUUGACCAACCAAACAUUGAAUGGCCGAAGUCUUACCAAAGAUACCGAGCAGGGUUGAUGGAGAAGAGGGAAAUGUUCAAGAAUUGGCAUAACAAAAUUCUACCAGUUAUUUCAAGACAUCUGUCAGCUGAAUCAUUUAUUGAAGAUUUUAUUUCUCCAUUAUUGCACAUUCUAUCUCCACCAACUCUGAGACCAGUUGCCUUGCACUUGUUAACAGAGAGAGAAAAAGAGGAUCUAAAACAGUUGGUUGAUACCAUGAUUUCUUAUUCUGUUAACUAUAAGAAUAAGGAACCUACUUCAACAAAUAUCCUGGCAAAUGAAGUAAUUAUGAAAGCUUCAUCCCUGACAUUGGAUCCGCCUUUUCUUGAAUUCAUCAACUACAAGGACUCCUGCUGCCAUUACCCUGGGCUUCCUCUGGCGGUGAGACAAGUUGUGGUUCAUGAGGUUGAGAAAGAAAAAAUUUUGCGUGAAAGUGUUGGUAGAACCACAGAAAGCAAAGCUGAAGGUGGCAAACCUGAAGCAAUAUCUCAUGCCAUGUCUGGUUGUGCAAGCAACUCAGCAAAAGUUUUAUCUAAUCGCAAGCAGUUGCAAAAUCCUCCUCCAGCGUCUGAUAAAAGCUCAUCAGCCCCUUCUUUCAAGUCAAAUGAUAUAAAGCGGUCUUGCAGUAGUUCCAAUUUUUUUGACAGAUUCAGAAAAUCUAGUAGUAGAGGAUCUUCAGAUGCCGAUACUUCUGCGCAGCAGUCUGCCACUUCAGAGAGAGAUUCACGCCCAUUGCUUUUCAAAUUUAAUGAGGGUUUCACGAAUGCUGUCAAGAGACCUGUACGCGUAUGCGAGCUGCUUUCAUGAACAGUGAUCACCAACUAAGAUGCUGCUGUCGGUCAUGAUGUAAAUUAUUCUGUUUGCUUGAUUCCUUCUCUCUUUCAUCUUUUCCUUGCAAAUAAUUAGGUUCCCAUAUAAAAUUCGUCCUGGCCAAUCUCAAGAAAGUCACAUCUCUAUAUGAAAAGUUUGGAAUUUGGUUGUCGAUAAGUAUUGAGUCUAUUGACAAGAACAAGUCGGCAGUUACUUUGCCAAAAAAUAAAAAAUAAAAACAUCUAACUAGUACUAAGAGACA